AUGCCUGCAGAGGGCGCCAACGGCCUGAUGAUUGUUGUUGUCCCACUUUACAUCAAGUCAACGACUGUGGGCAUCUCUCAGGCAGACCAUCACGGAGCCGGCUGGAGUGUUCAUCCACCUAACACACAAGAGCACACCUUUUCUGUCCUGAGACCCUCAGGUGAGCACCAAGGAAGAACACAGACGACUGUGGGCAUCCCUCAGCCAGACCAUCACGGAGCCGGCUGGAGUGUUGAUCCACCUAACACACAAGAGCACACCUUUUCUGUCCUGAGACCCUCAGGUGAUUGUGACCACCAAGGAAGAACACAGACGACUGUGGGCAUCUCUCAGGCAGACCAUCACGGAGCCGGCUAUGGUGUUGAUCCACCUAACACACAAGAGCACACCUUUUCUGUCCUGAGACCCUCAGGUGACCACCAAGGAAGAGAACAGAGUACUUCUGGUGUGAGACAGGAAAAUCCAGUCUUGCGUCUGGUUCCAAAUCAAUGUACAUCUGUAGAAAGGGCCAUUCUAGAAACACUAGAGAAAAUGGACAUGAAGAUCAACCACCUGACUUCACUGGUCCAGUCUCUAGUGGGAAACAGGCGCUUUUUACCCCCAGUGGCAGUGCAAAAUGAUGAGGAAGAUGGAAUCUUUCCUCUAGCAUCCACUGAGGAUCUAGACCGGCUGGAGCAAAGUCUGUCAGACAGAGGAUUUAUGCAGAGAAUGGUGAACAGAUUAUCCAUCAGCGGCGGGCCAACAAUGAAAAAGACCGUCUGGAGAAUCUGCACAAAGGUCUUCAGCACCAACGUCGCCCGCCAACUGAACUGGUGUGGGAGAGGUGACAAGCGGGGGAUAAGGAGGACAAACGUCGGGUCACUGUUAACCGCUUCAGCCAUGAGGAAUCCCGUCCUGCCGUCACCAACAGAAGCAGAGGCGGAAAAAUAUAUAAAAGAUUUCCUCCGCUUGGCUCCAGGGAGGGAGUAAUUGUUUAUUUAAUUUUAUUCUUAAUUUAUUUAAUUGUUU